CAUUUUUCUCCGUUUUCCUUCUCUCCCAAACCUGCAAAGGGGUUUUAUCAGUAGCUCACUCUCUGCCAAAAGCCUCCAUACAGCUCCCCUUUGCAGUUCCUCCCUCUUCUCUUUUGCUCCUUCUUCUUCCUUCCACUCCAAAAAGCUUCUCACUUUUACCCUCUCUCUCUGUCUCUCUGUCUCUCUGUCUCAACCUUCUACAAAUUCAAAACCUCACUCACUUCAUCUCAGUCGUACUAACUUUUCUACAUGCUCUCGCCGUCGAUUCUUCAUGUUGCUGCUUCCGACCAAACCCACAUCUCCGAUUUCAUUUCCUCCGCCUCUAAAUCCAUGACAACCUUCCAACCCACCUCGUCCGCACACUCAGCGGUCAAAUUUUCAGAGCAAAUCACCACCGUGACAAAACCCAUGAUCCAGGAACCCGAUAACCCGAUCCGAGUCCCGCCAAAGCUCGUCCGGAUCAUCCUCACGGACGCCGACGCCACCGACUCCUCCAGCGACGACGAAGACAGCGGCGUACGCAGAGUCAAACGACAUGUCAGACAGAUCAGCCUCGAGCUCUCCUCGCCUUCCUCUUCCUCGCCUUCAUCUUCGUCGUCGUUUUCUUCGGGUCAGUCGAAGCGGGCCAGGAAAGACCCGAAACCCGUAAAGCGAACCGGGUCGAAAUCGCCGGCAAUGGAUGCAUCGCGCCAGAAAAAGUUCAGAGGCGUACGCCGGCGGCCUUGGGGUCGAUGGGCUGCGGAGAUCCGAGAUCCGACUCGUAAAAAACGGGUCUGGCUCGGAACCUUCGACACAGCGGAGGAAGCCGCCAGUGUUUACGACAGAGCUGCCAUCCUUCUCAAGGGUCCAGAUGCCAUCACCAACUUUUCUAACGCCGUUACAACGGAAGAGAAAGUCGUUGCCGAUGUGGUGGUCCCAGCUCCUCCGCAGCGAUGCGGGUGCGUAUCUCCGCCGUCCAGCGAGGCUCUCUCGUCGCCUACCUCGGUCCUCCGUUACGAGGAGCAAACGCCGUUUGAUGGUUUCAUAUACGGAGAUGUUGACGACUUCGUGUUUGAUAUCGACUUGCCGUUAAGCUUUCCAGAUAUUAUGUUGUCGAGUAACAACUUUGUGCGCGACGAGUUCGGCGAGUUUAACGUUGACGAUUUCUUAGCUGACGUCGUAAGUUGAACCCAGCAGUACUCUACACGUGUAACUACAAGUAGGCAGGAUUAUUUUAGUUUGGGACUGUGCUGCAAUUUGCAAGUGAAGUGAGUUUUGUUAAGUGGCGCAAGCAGUACAUGGAAUACCGAAAAUGUCCUCCGGAGUGUGAUGUACAAUCACUACGAGUAUAGCCGAUUAUCUCUAAUAUAUACGGCGGUUUUGUGAGAACUCGUUUUUGUAGUUUUAUUUUAUUUUAAAUUAUUUGUGUUUAAUUGUAAUUAAAGACGGAUUAUUAUAAAUUUUUAUUGAUAUUUGUCAAUUGAGAAUAGAAGCUUGGAGACUAUUGGAGUGGGAAAGGAAUAAAAUUAAAAAUCAUAAAUGAAAUGGUGCUUUUGAUUUCUUGGA